CAUUGCCGCGCUCUCUGGCGAAAGCUGACUCACGCCCUCGGCCUUCGGUAUCCUUUUGUGCGGCCAUUUGCAUGUUUCACACCUGUCAAGGUUCUUUGAUCAUGGCGAAAAUGACGAUCUGGCAUGGAUGAAGCAAUCUCAAAGCUGAUGAUGUUGGAAAGACUCAAUCUUUUUUGGCAACACGACAUCCAUGGAUCGAACAUUGGUUGGCAUCAUCGGUGGAAAAGCCCGUGGUGCUUGGGGUGAGAGCGGGUAGCUGGCUAAAUUAAAUUGGUUGCCAGAUCGAUGGAAUGAUGCCGCACCAACCAGCAGAUGCUAGUUACAUGGGUUUACAAGUACUUUCUGUGCGGUAUCAACUUAAUGGAUCUUAAUCGUACGAUAUGCAGCGGUCCGGUUUUUCUAGUGGUUUGGGUAGGGAGAGACUUCAACUCAGCAGAUCUUGGUACUGCUACCUUGGAGCAACUUGAUGAUGAGGAAAGGAGAGACAACAGCUCAGAAGUAGUUUCGUGUGACGAUCCUCUCGGUCGGCCGAAGUUGUUUGUCCAUCCACCACAGUCGGGUGCCACCACGCCACCGCUGGUCGUGUUGGUCGUGGGACUUUGCCAGCUCCAACGCCGUUGGCGCGGCGAUAGACCCGCGAUCCCGCCACACCCGCGCGAUUUAGCGCGGGCGGAGUGGUCCUUUUUCGCAUGGCUUUGCGGCGAUCCAUGAGCAAGAUCAGUGUGGGAGAGGGCGUGAGCAGCGCGCUUCAAGACGUCCUUCACCACAUCCAUGCCUUGCAGAAGGAUCAGACUGCACAACUGCUGGGCUUGGAUCGAUUGGCCAAGCAGGUGGAAUCACUCAGCACGGCCUCCUCACCAGGCACAGUAUCUGGCAGCUUUGCUGCUGCGAGCUUUGCAGAAGUGAAACGGCAACAAAGCCCGACAGAGUCAGAACCAAUGUCGGAAGAGCAGAUUGCAAAGAUAAACUCUGAACGUCGGGAACACAUUGAAGAGCUGAAUCGCAUAGCAACUGAAGGCGUUGGUAGCCAAGAUGAACGCUCAAGGAAGAACAAGCUCUCCCGAAAGACUCAGAGAGCGAUCCGCUUCGAGUUCCAAGACUUCUUCAAGGAGCAUCGGAGCUUGGCCCAGCUCUUUGAGAGUGAGUCGGAAGAUGAGAUCCCCUGGUACCGAAGUCUGGGGCAAGCAGUGGUGGAAAAUUACUUCUUUGAGAAGGGCAUCGGGAUCAUCAUUGUCAUCAACUCCAUUAUGCUUGGGAUUGAAACGGAGCUCGCGAUACAGAACAAACCCACUGCAUGGCCAGCAGACCUGGAAUACAUGUUCAUGGCGAUCUACACGGUUGAGCUCAUUCUUCAUCUCAUGGCCUAUGGCUUCCGAAAAUGCUUCACCGAUGGGUGGUUCGUCUUUGAUGCGAUUCUAGUCUUUGUGGCCUAUGCUGGAAAGCUGAUGCCUUUGAUUUUGGGUGCAACAGCAGGAGGUGUCGUAGACCAGAUCAUGGUGGUGCGAAUGCUGCGCAUCCUGCGACUCGCACGAGCCUUGCGCGUGGUGAAGCAGUUUGGCACGGUUUGGAAGUUGGUCCGUGGACUGCUCACCUCCUUCGAUGUCAUGGCCUCAUCCUUUGUCCUGGUCAUUUUGAUGCUCUACAUCUUUGCUUGUCUGGGGAUGGAGCUCAUCGGUGGAGAUGAAGAGCUUAAGCUGAAUCCAGCUACCAUGAAGCAAGCUGAAGAUUUUGAGGAAGCUUGGAAAGCCCUAUUGACGCUUUUCCAGUUUGUGACUUUGGACUCCACCCCUGCUGUCUAUGUGCCAUUGAUCAAUGCCAAGCCCGUGCUGGCACCCUACUUCCUCACCUUAUUGCUGUCUGUAGGUAUAGCGCUGAUGAACUUGGUCACAGCGUCGAUUGUUGAAGCAUCACUGCAAAGUUCAGAGAUGGACAGACAGGAAAAGAAGGAGCGGUUGAGACAAGAUAUGGUGAGAUCUAUACCGGUUCUCAUGCAGCUCUUCCGUGAGCUGGAUGUGGACCAGAAUGGCAAGAUUUCCUUGGAUGAAGUGGAGCAAUUCGACAUCACAAUACUUCCUCCGGUCUUGCGAGAUAACAUCAGCGCGGACAACAUGGCCGACCUCUUUGGAGUGCUCGACGUUGAUGGAGCUGGCGAAUUGGACAUGAAAGAGUUUGUUGGCGGUCUUCUACAACUUUGGCUGAUGGAUGUGCCCAUCACCACGCUCCAGAUCCUGAAGUUCAGCCGGAUGAACCGACAGAAGACCGUCGAAUUCUUCACUAGCACCAUGCAGAGGAUAGGCGAGAUGAGCGGCGUGCUCCAUGAGCUGCAAGGGGACGUGGCGAAGAGUCACGUCCAAGACACGAGGUUUUAGGGCCCAUCGUCGCAUGAGAGGCCACUAAUCGCCAUGCCAGUGCUGUGAGAUCGUGCUCCGGCGAUCCUUUGGGGCCCUGUACAGCACAAUGGAUCCUACCAGAAAUGGAGGUCACGCAAGG